GUACUCUUGCCAUGGUUGUAAGUUGAUACUCAGGGAACCUCAAGGGCGGUUGACAGCCGAUGUUCCAUGCGUGCCUACCGAUGUUCUGCCGUCGCUACUUUUGCCUCGUACUGUUAGUUUCGGUCCAACAUCCGCCUGAACCGAACGGAGUCCAGUAGGUAGUUAUGACGUUUCCCUCCGCUUUUCUUGGUUUUCGCAAUACAUCGCUAGAAAAAGCGUAGCGCUUCCAGCAUUUGUCUGCUGCCGGUGUUCACCCAGUACAACCUCAUUGUGCAGAAUGUGACAUACAUGCUCCCGAGGUCAAAGCGGGCUCUGGACGUAAAGUGGAGCUGUUGAGCCCAUUGUCAGACCGACCCACCUACGCUCUUACUCCACACUUUUGUAGCAUUUCUCAUACAUAAGCAGACACUGUGCGUCGGUCACUGCAUCGGUCACUGUGUUGUCAACUGCAGUCAUGUCACCGACCAACACCACAACGCUAACAUCCACGAGCUCGACACCUGGACCAACUUCUCCACAAAGUUCAGGAUUGAGCAUUGAGCUCCGACCUAUUGCGUCCACGCACCGCGAUCCAGGACAGACAUCGUCACACGAAGGGUCGAAGAACAUUGACCCAGCGGAAUUUUUGCCACAGCCCUCUACAACAGUGUCAGUAGUAGAAAGAUGGAACCACCCAAAAGCGAACAUCUACCGCACAGCGGCUACGCUGUUUGCGUUUGUGAUUAUGGGUGCAAAUGAUGCGGCAUAUGGUGCCAUCAUCCCGUACCUCGAGGAGUAUUACCAACUCAGUUACGUGAUAGUUUCACUGGUUUUCCUAUCACCUUUGGGUGGCUAUGUGGGCGCGGCGCUUCUUAACAACUGGAUUCACGUUCGUUUUGGCCAGCGUGGUGUUGCUUUCUUGGGACCCUUCUGUCACCUGGUCGCAUACGUUGGGAUUGCUCUCCAUCCGCCCUACCCUGUGCUCGUUGUCAUUUUCAUUGUCGCUGGGUUCGGCAACGGCAUUGAAGAUGCAGCAUGGAAUGCCUGGGCCGGCAACAUGGCGAACGCAAAUGAAGUUUUAGGAUUUCUCCAUGGCUUCUAUGGACUUGGAGCGGUAUUGAGUCCUCUGGCAGCGACCACAUUGAUGACAAAGAGUGGCUGGAUGUGGUAUGAGUUCUACUAUAUCAUGAUUGGCGGCGCCGCAAUCGAAGUCGUUACAUCUUUGACAGCCUUCUGGCGCAUGACGGGCCAAAAGUACCGCGAAGUCAACGCACGCACGCAGCCAGGCGACGGAAGCCGCCUGAAGGAAGCACUGAAGCGCCGUGUGACCUGGGUUUCAUCAAUCUUUCUUCUCGGCUACGUUGGUGCUGAAGUUGCUCUUGGAGGCUGGAUCGUUACUUUCAUGCGCCGUGAGCGGGGCGGCGGUGAUUUUGAAUCCGGUAUGGUCGCCACAGGUUUCUGGACAGGCAUCACUGUUGGUCGCUUAGCCCUUGGUUUCGUGACGCCGAGAUUGGGCGAGAAACUCGCAGUUCUGAUUUACAUCGUUCUUGCAAUGGCAUGCCAGCUCAUGUUUUGGCUAGUGCCCUCUUUCCACAUAUCUGCAAUCUUUGUUGCACUACAGGGGGUGUUCCUCGGCCCCCUUUUCCCUGCCAUCAUAGUGGCUGCAACCAAAGUCUUACCUGCGUACCUUCAUGUCUCAGCGAUUGGCUUUGCAGCUGCAUUUGGUGGAGGUGGCGCAGCGAUUCUACCCUUCGCAAUCGGUUCGCUUGCCCAAGCGAGGGGCGUUUCUAUCUUGCAGCCAAUCAUUCUUGCUGUCCUUGCCAUUCUUUUGAUACUCUGGUUCUGUUUUCCUAAGCUGGACAAGAAAGUGGUCGGCCAAAUUCCCAUGGAACCUGAGAGGACGACGCACAGAUGGCUCAAUAUCGAUUUCGAUCUGGUCGAGACUGGAAAGCGUACCAUCAACAAAGCCCGCAGCGGCUAGGCAUGUCCAACAAGAGGGUCCAGUGUACGUAGUGCUCGCAUCCUCUGAGCGUUGGGCGGGCGCGAAGUAAUGAGGAGACAGAGCGAACGUAGAUAGAAGAAGGAGCAUCCAAAAAGCCAUAUAAAGCAACACACCAGUGUUUGCAAUCCUUCAAGGCGUCCAAACUACAAUGGUGAACCCUUCUAAUGUAAUACACAAUGUUCGUGCAAGUCCAAGUGUAGAGUUCGCAUUAGCAUCGAAAGGUUUCCUUUGCUUGCUUUUGUCUUGAUUCGCACAAGCCCCACAUUGCCGGUACGAUGUCAAAAUUGAAUUGACGAGAAAUAAGGCUAUAAGUAAUACCGUAAGCUGGUAUGGUAGCGCUGG